AUGGGCAUCGACGACGCCCUCAUCAACACGUCCCUGUCGCUCUUCUUCUUGCACCAGUACCCUCAGUAUAUGUUUGUGUACCGGGAGGCCUUUCUCGCCGACUAUCUGGGCCACACGCACGGGGGCAAAUAUUGGUCCUUCCCCUUGGUUUGUGCCAUAUGUGCCCUGGGAGCUGCUCAUUCCAAAGACCCGAAAGUCCGCGAGAGAACCAGCAUUCUCGCCAAAUGUGCCCAGGAGAUAAUCGUCACGCAUGGCCUGGCCAGUCCACAACCCACAAGUGUCCAGGCUCUAUUAUGCCUGGCCUUCCAUGAGUUGGGACAAGGGAACUCAACACUAGGAUGGAUGUUGUCGGGCAUGGCCUUUAGGAUGGCUCAAGGCUUAGGCUUCCAUCAAGAUCCUAGCAAAUGGGUCAUUUCCGAUCAGACCAUCACUACAACCUAUGACAUCGAAAUCCGUCGGCGGAUCUAUUGGGGCUGUUAUGUUGCCGACAAGUUUAUCAGUCUCUACCUCGGCCGGCCGGUAUCUCUAUCUGAAAAUGACGCAGCGGUCCAUCCAACUGUCCCAUUGCCCAACUUCCCACCGGACCAUGAAUGGUUUGGACUGAAGGAGAUCGCGGCCAAGACAACCUCGUCUGAUCCUCCUCGGAAACCGCAGUUGACAAAUGCGUUGAAGUACUCUGUCAUGCUCGGGAAGAUCUUCCAGGACAUCAUGGCCGAGGUGUUCGCCCCAAGAAAAUUCGAAGAGGGCGGAAGCGGACUGAUUUAUCGGCUGGGACAGCUCAAUCUCAGGCUGAGUCGUUGGUACAACGGCCUCGAUGAGCCUCUGCAAUGGAGCCAAUGGACCUCUCAGGGAAAAGAGCUGGAAAACUAUGUCGUCGUUCUUCAGUGA